AUGUCGUUCUCGAAUCGUGCUAGGGCUCUUAGGAUCUCAAUGUUCAUGACUUUUUCGUUGGCCGCCAUGGCCGGUAACUUCUUCCAAGAUGUCGAUAUCAAUUUUGGCGGUCCGCGUGCUCAAAUACUCAAUGGUGGCCAAGUUCUCACAUUGUCCCUCGAUAAUAGUUCGGGUUCGGGAUUUCAGUCCAAAAAUGAGUUUCUAUUUGGAAGGUUUGACGUGCAACUCAAGCUUAUACCUGAUAAUUCAGCUGGCACCGUUACAACAUUUUAUUUGUCAUCUCCAGCUGGUGCAGGCCAUGAUGAGAUAGAUUUCGAGUUCUUGGGAAAUGCUUCUGGUCAGCCAUAUACAGUCCACACUAAUAUUUAUGCCCAAGGGAAAGGUGAUAGGGAACAACAGUUUCGCCUUUGGUUCGACCCGACAUCAGCCUUCCAUACCUACACCAUUCUCUGGAACCCACUACGAAUAAUUUUCUUGGUGGACAACAUCCCUAUUAGGGUUUUCAACAACUAUGAAGCAAAUGGGGUUCCAUUCUUAAAGAAUCAGGCAAUGAGACUAUACGCAAGUUUAUGGAAUGCCGACGACUGGGCAACACAAGGUGGACGAGUGAAGACAGACUGGACAAAGGCCCCAUUCACUGCCUCUUAUAGGAACUACAAUUCCUCUGGCUGUGUUGUCAGCGCAUCGGGCAAUUCUUGCAACGGAGUUUUGAACAAUCAGGCAUGGCAAACUCAGGGACUCGAUGCCAAUGGCAGAAACCGGAUUCGUUGGGUCCAACAGAGUUACAUGAUCUACAAUUACUGUGCUGAUGUUAAAAGGUUUCCUCAGGGACGUCCUAAGGAAUGCAGACUUCCGAGGUUCUAA